CCCCCCCCCCCGUGACGUCGCGCGGCAAAACCAGGUGCAGGAGACGCAGCGCCGGGGCGGGAUAGCGCAGGGGUGAGGAGGUGAAGAGGUGAGGGGAGGUGGUGGUGAGAGAAGAGGUGAAAAGGUGAGGGAAACAGGUAGUGAGGGAACAGGUGAGGAGGUGAAGAGGAUGUGGUGAGGAUAGAGGUAAAGAGGCGACUGAGGAUGUGGUGACGAGGUGGUGAAGGGAGAGGUGAGGUGGUGAGGCAAGAGAGAGGUGAAGAGGUGAGGGAAGAGGUGAGGAGUUGGUGAAGACGUGAGGGAGGUGAGGAAAAGAGGCGAGGGAGGUGAGUGAGGAGGUGAGCGAGGAGGUGAGCGAGGAGGUGAGGGAUGUCGCGAACGGCGCUCGCGCCUCUCCCGCUCCGCCUCCUCCACCUCGUCCCCUUCCACCACCUUCACCUCGUCCGCCUCGCCGCAGUCGCCCUGGCGCUCCACCACCUCCUCGUCCUCCUCUUCGCGCCCCAUGCCUCGGCCAAGAUCGUGCGCGGCUCCGUGCGCGCGCCCGAGGACUGGCUCUUCCUCACGCGCUUCUGUUUCCUGACCGACUACGGAAAGAUGGAAUUCCUCUUCCGCUACCCUGAGGCGCUCUGUUGCCAGAACGUGCUGCUGUACUUUGAUGACCCGUCGCAGUGGCCCGCCGUCUACAAGCAGCCCUCCCAGAGCUGCCAGCAGAAGGAACAGGUCCUACGGCCAGAAAACAACCAGGUGAUCAACCUGACGACAGAGUACACCUGGUCGGGCUGCGAGGUCGUGGAGGGAAUGCUGGAGUGUCGAGGCUCGCGGAGUUUCCGCUCGGUGCGUGAGCGCUGGUGGUACAUCGUGCUGAGCAAGUGCGAAGGUGGGGGUUUGGUCGUGGACUUUGAGCUCACGCUGACCAAUGGAGACUCCUUCUGGACUCGGCACUUCUCUGCGGACGAGUUCGGAAUCCUGCAGGCAGACAUCACGUACCUGCUCGUCUUCUCGGCUGUUCUCGCUGUGUCUUGCUACUUUGCGGACUUGCUGAGGAAGCGCCAGCUCUUCCACUCCACAUACAAACUGUUCAUGGCGGCUGCGGGGAUGCAAGUGCUGAGCCUCCUACUGAUGUGCAUCUACUGGGGAGGGUACGCACGCACGGGCAGUGGGAACCAGCCCGUGCGCGUACUGGGUAAGUUGCUCUUCUCAGCCAGCUUCCUCACCUUCCUGCUCCUGCUCAUCCUGCUGGGGAAGGGCUUCACGGUUACGCGGGGCCGCAUCAGCCACGCAGGGGUGGUGAAGCUCACCGUGUACAUGACGCUCUACACCACCACCUACGCCAGCCUCUUCAUCUACGAGGCAAAGUGGUUUGACCCGGGCCAGGUGCUGUACACCUACGAGUCUCCCGUGGGCUAUGGCCUCAUGCUGAUGCAGCUGACGGCGUACGUGUGGUUCUGCUGCUCUGUGUACCGCACGCUGCAGCGCCACCCCGACAAGCAGCGCUUCUAUGUGCGUUUCUUCGUCGCCUACACUUUCUGGUUUUUCUCGGUGCCGGUCGUGGCUCUAAUCGCGAACUUUGUGAUGGCGAAGUGGGAGCGCGAAAAGAUGGUGAACGACAUCCAGCUGGGUAUCCACCUCUACGCCCACGCCGUCUUCCUGGUGAUGACCCGGCCGUCCGCCGCCAAUCGGAACUUCCCGUUCCACGUGCGCACCUCCCAGAUCGGGGCGCUGGGAGCGGCGCUGCCCGGGGACGAGUGCGCGUUCGCGCAGCACGCCUACGGGCCUGGCGCGCGGGGGGGCGGCGACGCGCGGGGGGGCGACUCGCUACAGCAGCAGCAUCACGCCUACAGCAACGGCAACUUCGUGUCCGACUCAGUGGGACCCAACCUCACUGAGCUGUUCUGUGUCUCCGGCUCCAAGGGCGCUCUGUUCGCGCCGGGGGGCUCAAUGGGCAGCUUCGUGGAUCUGGGCUCCCCCGUGGCCGAAUCUCCCGAGCCCGGGACCCCAAACCCGGACGGGAGCCCCCUGGGGGGGGCCCGGGGCCCCACCAGCCUCCCCGCCUAGCAUGGGUGGCAGGGGCCCUCCCCCCGCACGCGUCUCACGGAUAACGCGCACGGAACAUAGACAGCACGGAGAUUACGGCGUCGGCCCCUUUUACCGGCCGGAUAGAAGGUGCUCCUUUCAGAGCCAGAUAACACCGGCGGCAUCACCGCCGGAGUUUUUGUGCCAAAACCGCCGGGCCCCACGGCCCCCGGGGCUCGGGGCCAGGAGGUGGGGGUGCGCGGGGGGGCCUGGCUCGGCGAGGGCUCCGAGGGUUCCACCGCUGGCGUCGCCGUGGCAGCGUGCUCGGCGCCCAAUCGUCCGGGGUGGCGACGCGGUGGUCGAGCGGUAGCGCAGCGAUUUUGCCGCUCGUUGCGGAGGUUAGCGAUACCAGCCACCGUGGCUGCCCCCCCCCCCCCGGUUAAUACUGCGCUGCGUAUUGAGCAUUAAUCAUUCUGCGCGCCGUCUGAUUUAUAGCAGACGCGUUAAAGAUCCCGUGGUGUUAUUCAAAAUAGAGUAGUGUGUGUGUGCUAGCGUCACGGUCCAAACUUGACAACAUUUAAAAAAAUAUAAAUAACUCGUCAAAUAAUUGAAGCCACAUAGCGACGUUGCCCCCUACUGUGAAACAACCCCAGGCUGUGUUUUUGAAACACAGCAGCACCUUCCUUGGCGAUGAUUGCCCCGCCGCACUGCGGGAUGGCGCGAACACCAAGUGAUGUAACGUGUGGGGUCAGGGGUGCCUUGUGCAAAGCAAAUGUGAAUUCGUUUACGAAACAUUUCUUGUUGACCUAUGUAUAAUACUCAACGCCAUCAUUCCUCUGGGGGUCGAUACAAUGCGGUCCCGGUGGCUGGGAUUUUUCGCGAUGCCAAGUUCGCCAAUCGAUUCGUGACCUGGCUCUUUGUGGUGAGUGGCAGCGCCUCUCGUGGUUGCAGGGCAACGUUACGCCCCGCGAGCGGAUUCCGAUGCACGCACGACGCAUCGCUUGUCGUGGGCUUUUGAGUCAUUCGCUGCGAGUCAAAAUUUCCUGUGCGAGUCCACCUGUACUCAUCCUGCUGGUGCUGCUGGUGAUAUUGGUGCCGGUGGUGCUAUAGCAGUAUUGCCAAUGCUGUACUGCUGCUGGUGGUGAUACUGACGGUGUUGGUGGUUGUAGUGUUGGUGCUGAUGGUUCUCGUGGGGGUGAUACUGGUCGUGGUGUUGGUGCACAUUGCCUGGCACAAGCGUCGUGGUGACGUCACCGCCACUUAGUGGCGAAUGGCGGUUGUUGUUGGUGUUGGUAUGGGGAGCGGAAGCGCAGUGGUUAGUGCACUACGAUACGAACCCGGAGAUCUGGGUUAGAUUCACGCUCAAUAUAUCUGAACUGGUCCUGGGCCUCCCCUAGGUCAACUCAGCCUUAAUGAAUAGCCUGUAUGGUGUGUAAACAUCAGCACUGGGAGGCAAAGGCGGCCGAGCAUGGCCACCCACACCCCCUUGCGUGCCAUGCUGCCCUUGUGUUCGCUAACAGCGCUUGUCCCAACAGUCUGUUAUGGGCAACACGGGAGACCGUUGCUUUGCUGGUGGUGGUGGUGAUGGUGGUAAUGCUGCUGAUGUUGGUGGUGGGGCUGUUGGUGGUGGUGUGGAUUGUGGCGGUACUGCGGCUGAUUGUUGUUGAGCUCGGCAGUUAUUUUACCGGGUCGCUGGUGGCGGUUUGACUGGCGUAAGGUGGCACUUGACUCGCAGCCACAGGUAUAGCGGCCAGAGGUAUACUGGAAGUGGUGUGACGGGUGAGAACAUAGAGCCCUGACUAAAACUAAAAUGAAUCCCCUGUCAGUGCUGGGCUGCCGCUCGCAGAGAUGCGAGGAGAAACGUGCUGGUCAUUAUUCAUCCAUUUCAAUCCCGGAUUUCAUUUUUUUUCCAUCUCCUAAAUUUUCCACGGAGAAUGGCAGCGAUUUGUUAAACGCGACGGGUGAGGAGGGUUUAGCGUGUGUGUAGUGUCCACGGUGUGUGUGGGGGGGUGUUUGAGUUUGUAUCGUGUUCACAGUGUGUAUAUGGAGUAUGAGGGUUUGCAUGGCGUGUGUAUGGAGUAUGUGGGUUUGCAGGGCGUGUGUGUAUGGUAUGCAUAGUGUGUGUGUAUGGAGUAUGUGGGUUUGCAGGGCGUGUGUGUGUGGUAUGCAUAGUGUGUGUGUAUGGAGUAUGUGGAUUUGCAUGGCGUGUGUGUAUCGUAUUCAGGGCGUGUGUAUGGUAUGCCCAGGGCUGUGUGUAUGGAGCGCAUGGCGUGGGUGUGCACACACGAGCUUCAUGUGUGCACAAUGCAGCCGCCGUGUUUGCUUCUCGUCUCCUGCCAUCACCACGCGUGCCCCGAUCUCUUUGUCCCGGUUACCCCGGCAACCAGCCAGGCGAUGAGCUCGCUGGUGCCGCGACCGCCCUGCAGGGUCGUGGUCACACCAGCCCUGGCCCUAACCAUCGCCCCAACGCUGCUGUCGCCCUAAAGCAUUGCCCCUAAUCCUAUCUCUAACUCUCACCCUAAUCCAACCAUAGCUCAAACUAACCAUAGCUAUAACCAUAACCCGAGCCCUGACCCUAGCCCUUAACCUAACUGCCACCACAGACCUAACCGUAAGCAUAAUCACAACCUUAGCCCACAUUACGAUCUUUAUCAUAUCCAUAAACCCAACCCCGAAACAUCGCCCUAACCUAUUCAGCUGCUGGGCAUUGUGCGCUUUAGGGUGCGCUUUACGGUGCGCUUCUGCAGCCGUCUGGAAUGCGCUGCCUUCCGAUAUUAGGAUGCUACUGGAGCAAUGCACUUUUAAAUCGAGAUUGAAAACUCAUUUCCUUGGAACUGCUUUUUGUGUUCAGUUUGUCCUGGACCUGCGAUAAGCACGGUUGGCUACGUACGGUGCGAAAGAAGUUCAACAUACAACCUGGCCUAGCUCUAACCCUAGCUCCUGGUAUUCCCGUGUCUCCCCAUAUCCCAGUGCCUCCUUUCCCAUGUGUUCCUGUGUCUCCCGUUGUGUCCCUGUGUCUCCCUCGUAUGGUGUCCCCGUGUAUCCGGUGGGGUUCCCCCCCCCCCAUGUCCUGUACCAUUGGUGUCCCGGUGUUUCCCUUCCCUACGGGUCCCCUGUGUCACGUCUGGUGGCCCUCCGGGACCGUUGUUGCUGUGCUGUGUGCUGUCUUCUUAUAUAUCGGGUGUCAAUGCGACCAUUCGUGUUUUUUCUACAUUCACAGUAUUAUACAAACAUGAGCGUGUCGUGUGCAUGCGGUGUAACUCGGUCGGUAUUUAUUCUCGGUCGCGAUCGCAGUAUUAAGCAGCGACGCGGAGUCGCUCUGCUCGCUCCCCCCGCUAGCAGUGCUCUGGUUGUUAUAAUAUUAAUCUUUAUUGAUUUACCCAGGAAGCCACACUGAGUUGGAGGGACUGGGUUUUUUUCUGGAGGGUUUCUGCAUUAUAUGUAUGUUUAAAAAAAAAUAUAUUAAACAUGUGUUCAGCUGACUGAUGAGUGUUCACGAGGCUAGCCAACUGUCCUGGUUUUCCCAGGGAUUGUCCCGCUUGUUGAGGAGGAUGCGGCAGCUUCCACCUUGGGACAUUAAUAUAUACACAGUAUAUCCAGUGUAUAUCAUAUAUUUAUAUUCCUUUAGACUUAGACUUUAGUGAAAAGGCCAAAGGCCCAUGGAGUUAAAUCCUGCCACGCCUUCCAUCACGGGCCCUGCUCCACAGGUUCGACACCAGGCAGGGCGCCUCGUUUAGCCAACCUGACCCAAACACACCGGUGCCAACGUGGGAGCACCACCACCCGCUCUGUGGAUGCACUCCAGCGACUCGCUGCGACGUCGCUCUUUGUCCACGAGUGCCCGCCGCCUGACCGGACUCGACGCUGGACUCGGAGCCCUCCCUGCCCCUCCCGCGCUGUCGCUGCUGUUGAGGCUGCUGUCACAAGACGAGAAUACUGCUAGUAAUAAUGAUGAUAAUGGGAACAAUGAGUUCAACACAGCUCGGGGUGUCAAGGGCGAGCUGUCCAUGCAGGAUGUUUUUUUUUCAUUUAUUAGGUAUAACCCUGUGAGCCAUGCGGCUCUUGACUCGGGUGCAACCGCAACAAAACAAAAACAUGAACAAGAAACAUCUUAAAGUCACUACACGCAACAGAAAAAUCCAGGAAAAAACAGCAACAGUGUGACCGUGACCCUCGUCUCAGAGAAACGGCGUCUGAAGAUGGCACUACGGGACUACUACAGGACUUCCAUAAUAGAUCAUUUUUUGGGUUAGAUCGCGUAAAAUUUACGAAAAAAUGUGCGUAAAUUGGUCGCGAAAGUCGACGUGUUAAACUACAGGACUGUCGCGUCCUCGUGUCUAUGCUGUUGCACCUUACGAACACUAGGCGGUGCACUUGUAUGCUCUGUAAAGACAUUUCGUGAGAACGAAAGCAGGACUGAAUGUCCAUGUUAAAUCGUCAAGCUUGUAAGACGCUGACUUAAGUGACGGACUGUCUUAUCAGUGUCCCUCAUUACGAACCCCCCCCCCCCCCCAAAGAUCCCGUCAGUCGCUUAUCUCAUGAGCUUCACUUUACGCCAGGCUUUUAUCGGUAUCAUAACUAUAUUCAUACCACGUAAAGUAAUUUCGUUCAAAAAUACAUCUACAUUUUGAUGCGUACAUGCUAAAAUAUAAAUGUUACAAUCUGUCAUUGGUACGGUUCAGGUAUGCCCUUCUAAAUCGAUGCAACACGCAACUCUCUACCGGUCCACUGCCAGGUCCACGGGUGGUGGCGCAGUGGUGAACACUCGAGGCUCACAGCAACAGGGGGCUUGGGUUCGAUUUCUGACCUGGGCGUGGGGGUCUGUGUGGAGUUUGUAACGUUCUCCACCUGCUCUGGGUUACCUCCCUGCUGCCGUGGCUAGGAGAUAUUAACUACCUCGCCUGUUAUGCAGGAGGAUCGUGGGUUCGAUUCCGACCCUGACGCCUGCUGUACGUUUGGAGUUUGCGUGUCUCUCUCCCCGUGGUCGUGUGGAUUUUUCUCCAGGUCCUCCGGGUGUUUUCCCCUCCAUAUUUAUAAUCGACAUCACGCGUUGAGAGUAUUUGCCGGCUAUACAUCCCCACGUGAUAUGCCACUCCAUUGAGCUAUCAUUUGUGGCCAGGUCGUUUCUGAAAAAGAGCUAUUUCGCUGGUGAAAAAAAACGUUUAGUUUAAGUUUAUGGGUAAACAAGCAUAAUAAUAUUAGUUGUGAUAUUAAAAUGAAUACCUUCCCAUACCAUGUCGAUCACAAGUGUAGUUUGACCAGACUUCACCACGUAGGUCAAUACUGGUUGGUGCACGACCGGUUUAGAUCGAUCACUCGCCACUGAUGUUAGCCACGGGUGAGAAUUUAACUCGGCUCACCGGGGUACGGAGUUCAUAUUAUUUGGGUCUCCCGAUAAAGCCAUGCAGAUAGGCCCAAACCCAUUUGUAUGUUAAUUUGAACCCAUCUACGCGACCCUACCGAAAGACCCAAAGAAUACGAACUCCUGCAGUCACGAAAGCUGUAAGUCAGGGUACGGAGUAUCGUAGCAAAAAAAUAGCAACCAUCUCGAGCUGAUGGCUGGAAUGAAAUUUUGGACGAGAAUAUAACCUCUUUGCAAAGUUAAUGUGUUUCCUAUCUAUGAGACCCUUAAUGACUUUCACUUAAUUAUUCCCACAUGGGACGAAGCAGCCUAAGAGUACUUCAGACAUCGCCCACAAGCGACGUAAACCCGAGUCAGGAAUCGAACUCUGCACGGAAACAUUUCACGGCGGGGUUGACACUCUCUCGAUGUUAACAGCAAACAGAAGAAAGUCUGUAAUAGAGGUUUUUUGGGUUAGAUCGCGUAAAUAUAUAUUUGUCGAUAAACCCGCCAUCACCCGACACAUCCAACUAGUCAGGGUUGUUAUGUAAACAGAACGUGCCAGGUUAUAUCGGAUAUCGAGAAAUAAAUAGAGAUCUGUAA